UUUGAAAACUCAAAAAUUUUGGAUAACCGUACAUUUUUCAUUGUUUUUUUAGUUUAGCGAGUGAAAUAAUGGAUUCACAACAAAAUUGUAAGAACUAAAAUUGUUUAAAAUAAUAUUUUACACAAAUUAUAUUCUGAACAAUCUUUUGAUUUACUUAUUAUUUAUGUAUAAAAAGUCAAUAUAUAAAUUAUUUUGUUGUUAAAUACACAAAAUAAAGUGAAUGUUAGUUUUAGUUUUUCAACUCGUGGUAAUUUUAGUAAUUUAUCAUAACAGGAAUGUAUAAUCUUGAAUAAACUUUAUCAAACCAUCAAGUCAUAAUUUAUUACAGGAAUGACUAAAAAGACGAUAAAGUCUUUAUCAAAACUCAUUACUAAUAUUUGUCCUAACUAUAUAUUUUUCAGGUUAUUGUUUUCAUUAGUUCUACUGCGCCCGUAUGAUCAUUUUUAGAUCGUAUACAUUUUGAUAUUUUUUAAUAAUUUUGAUAUUUUAACAUUUUUUUAAUACAUAUUAAAAUGGCUUCACGGAAAACUUUACGAGAAGAUACAUUUAUAUUUUUGAUUGGUUUCCCGUCAAACCAAAUUAUUGGUAGUAAAUUACCGUCAAUAAGACAAGUACUAUCGGUUUUUUUUUUAAUAUUCGUCAUGUUAACCUGAGCAUACUUGAAAGCUCUAAACUGACAAUAUAAGAGGUAAGUAUUUUUUGUCAAAAAGCGCGUAUACCUAUCAGUGUUGAACAGUAUUAUCGUAAAUAUUACGAUGAAUGGAGAAAUUUACAAAAACUGCAAUACAGAAAAUCUGACACUCAAGCAAAAAAAAAUGAAGAAUUUAGUUUAAAACUAAAUGAUUUGUUUGACAUUGCUCAAGUUGAUGUCCUUAAUUUAAUGUCAUUACAAGAAGAUAGAGAUUUUUUAUUAAUGCAAAGACAAAAAGGAUGUCCUGGUAUUAUGUUAGGAGUUGAUUUGAAUAUUGCACAAAAAGAAAAAAGAGCCAAUGAAAGGUUAAAGAUGUCCGAAAAAUGACGUAAAAGAAAUUAUGACGAGAUACAGUCAUUGAAUGCGCAAGUAGAAAUGUGUUCAUCAUCAGAGUCUGACGUUGCUGAAGAUUAUUUUAACAAGCCUGGACCGUCUAAACUGUACGUUAAACAACCAACUAGGGGAAGAAUUGAUUUUAUUACGCCAAAACUUGUAGCUGCACUCAAUAAAUGCAAAAUUAGCGAUAAAGAUGUAGUUCAUAUAUUAAUUUCAACAGCAGAGGCAUUAGGUGAGGACGUUGAAAAAUUAAUUAUAAUCUUCAAUUCGAAAUUCACGCAUACGUUUCCGUAAAGAACGCGCUGAAAAAAUCGGUAAUAAUUAUUUGGUAACUAUUAAAGAUUCCGUUGUCAUUCAUUGGGAUGGUAAACUUUUACCUUCAUUAACAGGACAAAAAAGUGUUGAUCGACUUCCCAUUAUUGCUUUAUGUAAUGAUGAGAGUCAAUUACUAGGAGUUCCAGCAAUUGAUACGGGAACAGGGGUUGAUCAGGCUGAUGCUAUUUUUCAUAUACUUAUUGAUUGGUGUAUUACAGAAAAUGUACAGGCUUUUUUAUGUGAUACUACGGCUUCAAAUACGGGUAGAUUGAAAGGUACUUGCGUGUUAUUAGAAAAUUACUUAGAACGUAAUAUUUUGUACUUACCAUGUCGACACCACAUCUACGAGCUAAUAUUAAAAUGUGUUUUUGAAGUUAAAUUACAUCUAACAUCUGGUCCUGAUGUACCAAUAUUUAAACGGUUUCAAUAAAAUUGGAGAAAUAUAGAUAUUAACAAAUUUGAGCCAGGUAUAAUGAACGACAUUGUAAAAAAAACAUAAAGUGAUGUAUGUACUGAUGUAACUAUUUUCGCAAAUAGCUAUUUGCUUAUAAAACAAACCAGAGAGGAUUACAGAGAGUUUUUAGAACUAACAAUUAUUUUUCUUGGUGGAGUUUCCUUUAGAGUUCCGGGAGCUAUCCAUCAUGCUAAAUUGAUGGCAAAAGCUUUAUAUUGCUUAAAAAUAUUUAUAUUCCGAAAACAAUUUAAUUUAACCCAAAAAGAAGGAAUGUCAAUAUCUAGUAUUUGUAUAUUUAUUAUUAGAUUAUACGUAAGAGCUUGGUUUAAUGCACCACUUGCUUCUAAUGCACCAUACCAAGAUUUAAAUUUUUUAAAAGAUUUGGUAAAUUAUCAGUCAAUAGAUAAAAAUAUAUCAGAAGUUACAGUUAAAAAAAUGUGUGGUCAUUUAUGGUAUCUAUCGCCAGAGAAUACGGUAUUAUCACUUUUUGAUACUAAUGUUCCAUUUGAUACAAAGAAAAAAAUUAUAGCUACUCUAAAAAUCCAUACAGAUGAUGAUGUACCAAAAAAAUAUUUAUUGAAUACAAUAGAAGCUACUAGAAUAUUAAAUGAAAAUCUUGAAGAUUUUAUUUGUGGAAAAUCGAUGCAAUUUUUCAAACGUUUUAAUAUAGAUACUAGUUUUCUGAUCAUUGACCCAUCAUUAUGGAGCACUGAUGAACAUUUCAAGAUAUCAAUAUUAAUUUUAAUAUCAAUAUUUAAUAAUCUUAUUAAUAGCAUUAAUGUAGUAAAUGAUAUUGCUGAAAGGGGUGUUAAACUAAUGGAGGAGUUUAAUACCAAAAUAGCAAACGAUGAAAAACAAAAACAAUACUUGCUUCAAGUAGUAAAUGAUUACCGCAGUAAAUAUCCGGAUUUCAAAAAGAGUAUUCUUUUAGAUAAUUAGUUGAAUGAUUAAUUUUUAGUUUUUAUGUUUGAUGUGUUUUUGUAAAUUUAAAUAAAAAAUUUUUCGUAUUAUAAAAUUAACACUGAAUUCACUUUAUUUUGUGAGUUUUUAACAACAAAAUUAUAUAUAUUGACAUAAACAAUAAGUAAAUCAAAAAAUUGUUCA